GCGUUCUUGGAUGUUUAAUAACAACUUAUCCAGUAAAAUACUCCCAAUAAAGUGAAUAAUUUUCUAAAUAUAGGGAGAUCCGAGAGACGCAGCGUUUUGAGACGACGGUGACGAACGACGACGCCUGUUUGAGUGGGACACGUGUGGAAAAAGGAUAGCCGAUAUAAAAAGCCCGCACCUCAAACAUUUAUCCAGUUCUUUGAAAGUUGGAAAAUUUUCAACACCAGUGAAUUCAAAAUAUCUAACAAAAAUGUCUCUGGAACGUCAAGUCCGUAACAAACUCGCCGCUAAACGCGAUCCCCAACAAGACAAAGAAGCUCAAGCAUGGAUCGAGACUAUCCUUGGCGCCAAAUUCCCUCCAGGUGAAGCCUACGAAGAUGUUAUCCGUGACGGAACUGUCCUCUGCCAACUCAUCAACAAAUUGGCUCCAGGAUCAGUCGCCAAAAUCAACACAUCUGGUGGACAAUUCAAAAUGAUGGAAAACAUCAACAACUUCCAAGCCGCAAUCAAAGCCUACGGUGUAGCUGAUAUUGAUGUUUUCCAAACCGUCGACCUCUGGGAAAAGAAAGACAUCGCCCAAGUAACCAAUACCCUCUUUGCUAUUGGCAGACAGACCUACAAGCACCCUGAAUGGAAAGGACCUUACCUUGGACCCAAACCCGCUGACGAAAACAAGAGAGAAUUCACUGAAGAACAACUUAAAGCUGGUGAGACUAUGAUUGGGCUCCAAGCUGGUCAAAACAAAGGAGCUUCCCAAGCCGGACAGAACAUGGGUGCUGGUCGCAAAAUUAUCCUUGGAAAGUAAUUUAUUUAUUUUUUUUAACUUUUACACUAUUUUUUAAUUUGUAUACGUAACUUUUAUUUUUUAAUUUAUUAUAACAAUAAAGUUUAUUUUUAACAGUU